AUCGUGAUACCCCUUUUGAUUGUUUGUUUUCUUGUUAUCGCUUCUUUUUUAAGGUGUUAUCGCUUAUUAGUUCAAUAAUUUCGUUAAUUGAUUUGCUACAAUGCUUUCAAAAACUAAUUAUUUGAGAUCAUUUAUUAAACCACAUAGCUUGCUCUAUAAUGCUUCGUUUAACUCAAGUACUACAAGUAAAGAAAAAAAGUGGAUCCAAGUAGUUGAAAAUGAAUCAAAGAAAACUGCAUGUGUAACAAUGCAAAGAUUACCAGCUAAUAGUUUAAAUCUAGAAUUUCUAAAUGAAUUGACAUCAGUCAUUAAGGAACUCGAAGGAAAAAAAUUCAGAGGCAUGAUUUUGUCAUCUAGUUCUCCUACUAUAUUUUCUGCUGGAUUGGACAUAAAUGAAAUGUACAAGCCUGAGAAAGAACGACUGAAACAGUUCUGGACAGCUCUCCAAAAUAUGUGGAAGACACUAUAUGUAACACCACUCAUAACUGUUGCAGCUGUUAAUGGACAUGCUAUAGCUGGUGGUUGUAUUCUCACACUUAGUUGUGAUCAUAGUAUCAUGGUGAAACCUAGAACUACAAUUGGCCUCAACGAAACUCGACUGGGAAUAUUUGCUCCUAAAUGGUUUGAGAGUGUAUUUGUCAACACUAUUGGUUUUCGUAAUGCUGAAAAUGCUCUGAAAUGGGGAACAUUGUUUACUGCAGAAGAAGCUCUGAAAUUGAACAUGAUUCACGAAGUUGUAGAUUCUCCUGCUCAAUUACAGGAAAAAGCUGAGGAACAGAUGGAGCAAUUCUUAAAAAUUCCUGAAAUUGCUUUUAAGAUGACCAAAAACAGCCUGCGUAAACCUUUUGUGGAUGAGUUGAUAUCAUAUGAGAAAGAAGAGCAGGAGUCGAUUGUUAAAUUCAUUUCCCAAGACUCCAUUCAAGCAGUUUUGGAAAAGUAUAUCGAAAAUCUAAAAGGGAAGAAGAAAUGAUCUCUAUUUAAAGUCAAAUAAUGUUGAGAUUUUCAAAAGUUUAGUAUGUACACAUCCUUAUUUUUGUAUUUGUACUUUUUGUAAGUAAAAAUAUUUAAUUUGUAAACUAUUUAAAGCGGUGACAGCGAAUCAAAAUUUGAACAUUUUGAUAAAUAGCAUUUGUAUUCCUUUUUAAAAAUUCCAAAAUAUAAAUAUUUAUGUGACUUUAUUGAGGACAAUGACUAGCUAUUUUACCUUUAUUAAUGAAUUAACCCAUUUAAUGAAUAUUUUAACUUUCUUCUUUUUCUACCAGCACUACAGCUUAUUCAAAGUCAUGGCUGGAUCAGGCAACUUUAUUUAUCUCAAUAUGACAAAUCCUCCUGCUCUCUAACUAUUUUCUCCCUCACCUCUCAGAUACUUUCCCACAUUAUCUAGCCAUCUUGUUCAUGGUAUACCUCUCUUUCAUUUUUAUCCUGGGUUAUAAAUUUUUUUUCUUAAGUAUGAUUUACAAUUUUUUAUAAGUACUCUUAAGGUAUAUAGUGCACAGAAAAUGAAGACCAAGAUUAACUUUUGAUCUAAUUUCCCUGUAUCACGAUGCAAUAUUUUUUCUACAAAUUUUGUUAUCAUAUUUAAGAUACUCCUUCUCAAAAUAAGCCUUAAUUUGGGAAAUAUGGUUCAUAGAACUAUAAUCAAAGAAAAUAGCUUCCUAAAGUUAACUUUGCUUUUUGCAUCUUUUUGAAUGUCUCUAAAAGUAAUUAGGAAAUUAAAGACAUUUUUGAGUAUAUCUCUUUUGUCCAAAGAAUAACUUCUAUUGUUAUUAUUAUUUUAAUAAUAUCCCAACAAAUUGUUUUGGAAUUAAACGAUCAAAUUUUAAUAAAUGCCUCAGUUUUAUUAAACGUGAUUCAAGAUUUUCAUAUAUCCAAUUCACUAGAUAAUAUAUUAAUAAAAAUGUUGCUGUUAAUAUAUUUGUAUACAAUUCGUGGUGGUAGAUAAUUUAUAAUUGUAAAACUGAUUUUAAAUGGAUUAUGGAUUUUUAAGCGAACUUAAAGAAGUAAAAUGUAUUCUUUUGUUUAGAAAAAUUUUGUUGAAGUGACUUUGUAAUAUUUUUGUAAUACAAAUUGUUUCUUUUUAAAGAAUUUUUUUACAUACAAAAUAUUUUAAUAAAACUGGAUUAUUUUGCAAAGGUU